AUGACCUCCCACCGGACUACCACUGGGUACACGAGUAAUGUUCGGACCCAAAACAUAACCGAACGCCCUUGUCUCACGAGAGUAUCUGAGAACUUUACGGAGUCCGGGCUCACAGUGGUUAUUUGGGGUUAUUUGGGGAGGGUUCUUGGUGGCGUUAUAACCCAUGUUACUAGCGAAUCCCCCAAAAUAACCGAGUUACACCGAUGGGUUUCGCCGAAAGGCCCUGAGCGCGACACUGGACUUUCUCAACAAGCGACAAGGGAAUCGAUUCGUGCAGUGGCCAAUUUAAGCUUCGAACACCGAAGCGCCGUCACCAGCUUCGCGGAACAUGCAUUCUUGGCGACGACAACAAGCAGCUAUCAACCAGGUGGGGCGAGCGGAUGGACAGGGGAACUUGAAUCCGGGUCAAAAUUUCUGAGCGUGGUUUCAGCCAACAUUUUAUUUCUGAACUUUGAACGCUGGUGGGGCCUGAUUGAAACUGACCAGUGCCAUGCUCAGUCGGGUACAGUGACGAGUUUGCGCUGA